CCGCAGGCUACCAGCACAUCCGCAUGUACGACCUCAACUCCAACAACCCCAACCCCGUCAUCAACUACGACGGCGUGAGCAAGAACAUCACCUCGGUGGGCUUCCACGAGGACGGCCGCUGGAUGUACACGGGCGGGGAGGACUGCAUGGCGCGCAUCUGGGACCUCAGGUCCCGCAACCUCCAGUGCCAGCGGAUCUUCCAGGUGAACGCCCCCAUUAACUGCGUCUGCCUGCACCCCAACCAGGCUGAGCUGAUUGUGGGCGAUCAGAGUGGUGCCAUUCACAUCUGGGACCUGAAAACGGACCACAACGAGCAGCUGAUUCCAGAGCCCGAGGUUUCUGUCAAUUCAGUGCACAUCGACCCCGAUGCCAGCUACAUGGCGGCUGUCAACAGCUCGGGAAACUGCUACGUGUGGAACCUGACGGGCGGCAUCGGAGAGGAGGUGACCCAGCUGAUCCCCAAGACCAAGAUCCCGGCGCACAACCGCUACGCCCUGCAGUGCAAGUUCAGCCCCGACUCCACGCUCUUGGCUACGUGUUCUGCAGACCAAACGUGUAAGAUCUGGAGGACUUCAAACUUCUCUCUGAUGACAGAGCUGAGCAUUAAGAGCAAUAACCCGGGGGAAACCUCUCGUGGCUGGAUGUGGGACUGUGCCUUCUCCGGGGACUCCCAGUACAUUGUCACAGCCUCCUCUGAUAACUUGGCCAGACUGUGGUGCGUGGAGACAGGAGAGAUCAAGAGGGAAUACAGCGGCCACCAGAAAGCAGUCGUCUGCCUUGCUUUCAAUGACAGCGUGUUGGGAUAACGGUGACGUGGGUGGAAGGAAGGACCUCUGCUUGUUUCCCCUUGUCU